GCGGCUCCCGGCAGUUAACACGAGCCAAAGUUAUCCCGGAAUAAGGACAGCACGCAUGUGCCGUCAACCCGGAUGCAGAUAAUUCCGUGCGUGUCCUUUAUUGCCCAUUUGAGCCAAGUUAUGACAAGCUUGUGACAGAAUGAGUAAGAAUUGUACAUUUUGGCAUGAAAAUACAAAGCCGUGCCGUUCAGAACCGGGUCAAUGAAGCCGUGUUUCAACAUCAGAUGGUCAGCGCCGCAACAAUGUGUUUCCGAGGGGGGGCUGCACUUUUGACUUGAGGCGAGGGAGCAAACGUGGUUACGGCGCAGUUAUACGCGGUGAGAAGAAUAACUGAACUUUACCAACAAUGCCGUUCAAAUCAACGAUGCAGUCAAAGUUAACACAGGCCAUCUCCCGUGUCGCAGAGUACGCGCUACCGUAAACUUAGAUGCAAUUAUGGAUUUCCGCGCCAGGCGGUACGAAAGAGGCAGCAACUGGACCGACCCGGAGAUCGUGGAGCUGCUGCAGCUCUGGUCCGACGAGUCGGUGCAGAUCGAGCUGGAGAGCUCCCUGCGCAACCAGCGCGUGUUCGACCGCAUCGCGCACGUCCUGCGCGAAAAGGGCAUCCACCGCUCGGGCGACCAGUGCAGGGAGAAGAUCAAGAAGAUGAAGCUGGAGUACAGGCGCAUCAAAGACAACCACAAGAUGAGGACUUGGAAGUUCUAUGACGUGAUGGACAGAGUGCUGGCGAACCGCCCGGCCGUCAGCUACUCCUCCUUGGGAGGGGCUGUCGUGGCCCAGCAGGUGUUCCAGGGCUCAGGUGGGCCUGAGGCAUAUCUGCAGGGAGUCCCAGUCGGAGCGUUUGGCCCUUCCUCCUCAGGUGGCUUUCUGUUCGGACAGCCACCAAAAGCUGGAGAUCCUCUGGACAUCAAGUGCGAGGAUGCCGAGGAGAGCAUGCUGAACUCUGGCGUUGCACCGCCUGAGAUGUACUACGGCUCUGGGGAUGACCAGGAAACAGAUGGGCAGUCUCUACUGGAAGCAGAGGACGCGCUGGGACAAGCUGAAGCCUCGGCUAAUGCAAGACUUUCACCCUCAGAUUUUAGUGACAUGAACGCUCCUGGCGCCGCCGCAUCUGCCACUCACGUUGGUCCUGUGUUGCAAGAAACAUCUGAGCAGGCCAGCAGCGAGGCUCCUGGUGGCUCGGCCUCCGUCAAGCAGAGGAAGCGCAGACGGGGCGGCAGGGCGUCCGCUGGCAGGUCGGGUGGUCGGGAUUGCCUGGACAAAGCGCUGGUCAGCUUCCUGAACUGGCAGCGGUCUGCGGAGGAGCGCCUCCUCUCCCUGGAGGAGGCCCGGCUGGAGAGAGAGUUCAAGGCUGAGGAGCGCAGGGAGCAGAGGGAGGAGAGGAGGGCAGAGAAGGAGCGGCAGCACGAGCUCCACCUGUUCAGCAUGCUCACGGGGGCGCUGUUCGCCACCAGACAGGGGGCCCCCGCUGCCGCGCCGUCCGAUCGGCCUGUCUCACCUCCGGCUCAUCUGUCAGCUCCUCCGGUGGCCACGGCCGGCCCCGCUGUCGCGUCGUCUUUACCUCAGCCUCGUCCAGAAGCAGCCACGGCGCAGGCCGUCCCCACUCGGGAGACGAAAAAGCCCCAGCCCGCGUCUGUCAAGACCUGCCAAGUGUCACAGGGUGUUUCGGCGACACUGAGAGGUGCAGAGGCUCCUGGCCACAGCGCGUACCUGUCCAGCCGUGGUAACAGCAUCCGACAGCAUCAAGGCAUUCUCCAGGAGGGCUUUAUCCAGUAUGCGAUGGACAAACAUCACCAAACGGACAAUCCGGCUGGUAUAAUCAACUUGGGAACCAGCGAGAACAAACUGUGCUAUGAUCUCCUUCAUGAGAGACUGACCAAGCCUGACAUGCUGCACGUCGAGCCGUCCUUGUUGCAGUAUUCAUGCUGGACCGGGCACGCUUUCCUCAGAGACGAAGUUGCAAAGUUCCUGUCUCACUACUGCUGCUCACCCAAGCCUCUCAGUGCUGAAAAUGUUGUGGUGAUGAAUGGCUGUGGUUCGCUCUUCUCAUGUAUCGCUGCCGCAAUUUGUGAUCCUGAAGAUGCCAUCCUUAUUCCUACUCCUUUCUAUGGGGUUAUAACUGAAGAUGUGCAUUUUUACAGUAAUGUAAAACUCUUCCAUGUCCCUCUCGAUUGUGAGGCUGACGGCAAAGACAGCAGGCCCUUUCACCUCACUGUAGGGAAACUAGAAGCAGGGCUGGAAAAGGCUAAGCAACAGGGCUGGAACAUUCGAGCCCUUAUUCUCAUGAACCCUCACAAUCCUCUGGCUGAGCUCUACACUCCAAAGGAAAUGAUCGCCUUCUUAGAGUUCGCCAAAAGAAAUCAACUGCAUACCAUUGUGGAUGAGGUGUACAUGCUGACGGUGUUCGAUGAGUCCGUCACCUUUCACAGUGUCCUCAGCAUGGAGAGUUUGCCCGACCCACAGAGGACGCAUGUGAUGUGGGGGAUGAGCAAGGACUUUGCAAUGGCAGGAAUCAGAAUUGGUACUUUGUAUACUGUGAAUACAGAUCUUGUGGAAGCUUUGGCUCAGCUGGGUUCGUUCCACGGUCUCCCUGGAACUUUGCAGCACCAGGUGGCUCAGCUGCUCCGGGAUAGAGAGUGGAUCAACAACACAUUUCUGCCUGAGAACCGACGCAGGCUAAAAAGUGCUCACAGUCUCCUAACCCAAGAGCUUCGAAGUAUAGGCAUCCCCUUCCUGGAAAGACCUGCUGCUCUGUACGUCUGGGCUGACCUUAGAAAGUAUCUGAAUGAGUCGUCGUUUGAGCAAGAGUUGUCUCUGUGGAGGCGUUUUCUCAGACACAAAGUGUUGGUGAGCUGUGGUCAGGCGUUCUCAUGCUCUACACCGGGAUGGUUCCGGAUUGUCUUUGCAGACCAGCAUUCCCACCUUCAGCUCGGCCUUAAGCGAAUUCAGGAGGCUUUGAAAGAAGCCGAAGACAAAAAUACCAGCUCCGAAACACGCUCGAUUAAAGGAACUGAUGAUGGGAGUAAGAAGCCAGUGAAAGAGGAGCGUGACGAGUCAGACAGCGCUGCCAUUGUUAAUUUAACAUCCUCCCCUCAGAGCAAGUCGUCAGAGCAGCUGAAGGAGGGGGACAGCCCUGUUCCUGACACAGGCUCGCUUGGCGCAGAGGAGUUUGUUUUGCUGGACUGCCAAGCAUCUAAGCCCGCAGAGAGUCUGGACUCACUUAUUGGUACUCUCAGGCAUCAGAUUCGUUCGUCAGAUUGGCUGGAGAAGAACACUCCAGUGCUGUCUCAUGGGGAGGACCCAGAAAUUCUUGAUGUAUUCAAGUCCCUGCUGCAAAGAGCCAAAAAGUAAGCUUAGGAUAAACAGGCAUGAAUGCGGCUGCCAAAGAUUUCAAAAGGGAGUGCUUAUUUCUUCCUUCCUUCUACUUGUGUUUAGUAUGAAAAGCUUGACAAAGACGUCUGACACUGAGUCAUAUCUGAUGCUUGCCUCUCUGUGCAUCAGCAGAGAAUGAGAUAAAAAGGAGAGGUGAAGAAAAAUAUUGAAUUAAAGGCAAGGACAGACAAAUGGAAAGCGACAUAUUUCAGUUUUCUGCAUCUUGAUGCCUUACUGUGAGAUAGACUGUUUUUGUAAGCUAUGGUGAGAUCUUUUAAUGUUUCAAAUCCAAGUUUGUUUGUCAAUCAAAAACAGCCAAGUUCUGCUCAAGUUCUAUUCUUUUGCACCAUUAAAUGAAUCAGAAUGACUUAUCACUGAACUGUGAAUAAAGCAUUAAAUUGUG